GGCCCACAUGUUGAGCAAAUUCACCUCGAACCAUGUCCAGGUCUACCAUCAGUAUUCGCGUCCAGCUCCCAUAAAGAAGCCCGUCAAGCAGGCUGCUUAGCCUACAGAGCUCGAAACGAAAGUAGCGCAUUGCGAGGAUAACUGUUCUACGCUCAACAUCGACAUCGACAUCGUUAACUUCGCUCUUCAUACACAUCAAUCAGCCAAUCAGCGAGAGCACUCGCAGCGUGUGUGUGUGCGUGUGUGCGUGUGUGAGUGUAUGUGUGGGGUUGGCCGCGCUCCGUUUCGCUCUCUUUAACUCAUUGUGUCUUCUGUGUAUGUGUGUGUCUCUGUGCGUCCAUAGCGGACUAUGUUGAAACCGAAACGUUUGGCCAAGCAGAAGCCCAAAGCGAAACCGAUACCAUGGGGACUGAAAAAAAUCUGUUGGGGUCUGAUAAAUAUAACUGUGCCCAGGCAUCAGCCACGCAGUUGGAUCGAGACAAACUUUCAGAAGCGCGAAUGCAUCAAGUUUAUACCAUGCCCAAAGGACGAUACAAAAUGCUGCUGCGGCCAGGCACAGAUUACGCAUCAGACGAUUGCCGGCAUCGAGAGCGGCUCGCCGGGCGACACCUGGCUGCCCACCAAGCACACACGCCCACAGCCCACCGAUGCGUACGGCACUAUUGAGUUCCAAGGUGGCGCCCACCCCACCAAAGCGCAGUAUGUGCGUCUGUCAUUCGAUACACGACCGGAGCUGCUGGUGCAGCUAUUCACCAAGGAAUGGAAUCUGGAAUUGCCAAAACUUUUGAUCACCGUGCAGGGCGGCAAAGCCAACUUUGAUUUGCAGGCAAAGCUCAAAAAGGAAAUACGCAAAGGACUUUUAAAGGCGGCCAAAACAACGGGCGCUUGGAUUUUCACGGGCGGCACCAAUACAGGCGUCACUAAGCAAGUGGGCGACGCUUUGCUGCUGGAGGGGCAGCAGAGGACAGGACGCGUGGUCAGCAUCGGCAUUGCGCCCUGGGGCAUUGUGGAGCGCAAUCAUGAGCUGUUGGGUCACAAUCGUGAGGUGCCCUGCCACAGCAUCAGCUCGCCAAGAUCAAAAUUGGCUGUGCUGAACAAUCGACAUGCGUAUUUCCUGCUCGUGGACAAUGGCACCAUGGCCAAAUACGGAGCCGAAUUGAUUCUGCGUCGCAAACUGGAGAAAUUCAUUUCGAAUUUAAAGCUGCAUCCAUUCACACAUUCCAGUACGCCGGUUGUCUGUCUGGUGAUUGAGGGCGGAACGAACACAAUACGUGCUGUCCUCGAAUACGUGACGGAUUCGCCUCCAGUUCCUGUUGUUGUUUGCGAUGGUUCCGGCCGUGCCGCCGAUUUGUUGGCCUUUGUGCACAAGUACGCAUCGGAUGGCGAGGAGCAGCCCGUGCUGGAAUCUAUGCGUGAUUAUCUCAUCGGAACCAUACAGAAAACCUUUGAAGUGGGCCUGGAUCAGGCGGAGAAACUCUACCAGGAGCUGCUGCAGUGCACGCGCAAUAAGAAUUUGAUUACGGUCUUUCGCAUACAGGAAAAGCCAGAGGGCGAGGCGCAGGAGCUGGAUCAGACCAUUCUAACAGCUCUAUUCAAAUCGCAGCAUCUCAGUCCCCCAGAGCAAUUGAGUCUUGCAUUGACAUGGAAUCGUGUGGACAUAGCGCGCAGUGAGAUAUUUGUCUAUGGACAGGAGUGGCCCAAUGGCGCCUUGGAUGAGGCCAUGAUGCAGGCACUCGAACACGAUAGAAUCGAUUUUGUCAAAUUACUUUUGGAAAAUGGGGUCUCGAUGAAGAAAUUUUUAACAAUACCCCGACUCGAGGAGCUCUACAACACAAAACACGGUCCGGCCAAUACCCUGGGCUACAUAUUGCGCGAUGUGCGCCCGCAUAUACCCAAAGGCUACAUUUACACGCUCCACGACAUUGGCCUUGUCAUCAAUAAACUAAUGGGCGGCGCCUAUCGCUCGUAUUAUACGCGUCGCAAAUUUCGGCCCAUCUAUGCAAAGGUGAUGAACAGCUAUGCAAAUGCCUGCCGCAAGUCCUCGACAUAUCAAUAUCAGCGCUAUGCGGGGGCCAAUUCGCUGAGCCUCGUCACAGGACUGCUGCCAUUUACCACCGAGAUGGCACUCUUCGAGUUUCCAUUCAACGAGCUGCUGAUUUGGGCCGUGCUCACGAAGCGUCAGCAAAUGGCUUUGCUUAUGUGGACCCACGGCGAGGAGGCGCUGGCCAAGUCGCUGGUCGCCUGCAAACUGUACAAGGCCAUGGCUCAUGAGGCAGCCGAGGAUGAUUUGGAUACGGAAAUCUACGAGGAGCUGCGCUCCUAUGCCAAAGAGUUUGAGAGCAAAGGCAACAAACUGUUGGACUUUAGCUAUCGCCAGGAUGCGGAGAAGGCGCAGCGAUUGCUCACAUGCGAGCUGCACUCGUGGUCCAAUCAGAGCUGCCUCUCGCUCGCCGUCGCUGCCAAUCAUCGCGCUCUGCUCGCCCAUCCCUGCAGCCAGGUGAUUCUGGCGGAUCUCUGGAUGGGCGGAUUGCGUACGCGAAAGAAUACAAAUUUCAAGGUCAUUCUAGGCUUGAUCAUGCCCUUCUACAUCAGGCAAUUGGACUUCAAGUCCAAGGAGGAGUUGCAGCAAAUGCCACAGACCGAGGAGGAGCAUCUGGAGAAUCAGAAUUUGGACAAUGAUGAUUCCGAUCGUUCGCAACCAGACGCUGAGAAUGCCCUUUUAAAAGCCAAAAGAUCCAUUUCCUUGAGAUAUAGGAUGGGCGCGGGCAGUAAUAAUCGCGACAAGGCUCUAUUGGCGGAUACUUAUUCGGUGCGCGAUACAAAAGUACACGAAAAUGGCAAAGUUAAUCUCACUGCUGGAGCGGAAGAACCACCCUCCAAAGUCUCGCUAACAGACUCGGAUCCAUCGCAAUUCCGCGAAUUCUUUCACCUGUCCGAGUUCACCAACGAGAUUAAACAGCAUCAGCCGCUGCGCCUGAAGAAGAAGUUUUACGAGUUCUACACGGCGCCCAUUACCAAAUUCUGGGCCGAUUCGAUUGCGUACAUGUUCUUUCUGAUAAUGUUCUCGUUCACGGUGCUAGUCAAAAUGGGUCCCAUUCCGCGCUGGCAGGAAUGGUAUUCGAUAGCUUAUAUAACCACUUUGGGAUUUGAGAAGGUGCGCGAAAUCGUUUCCUCCGAGCCGGUGGCCAUUACGCAUAAAUUCUCGGUGUGGGCGUGGAACAUGUGGAAUCCGUGCGAUGGCGCUGCCAUAAUACUCUUCCUCAUCGGACUGGCUUUUCGCUUUCGCCCCAAUACGAUGGACAUUGGGCGUGUCAUUUACUGCGUGGACAGCAUCUACUGGUAUUUGCGCAUAUUGAACAUUCUUGGCGUCAACAAGUAUUUGGGUCCUCUGGUCACUAUGAUGGGCAAAAUGGUCAAGAAUAUGAUAUAUUUUGUUGUGCUCUUGGCGGUGGUUCUCAUGAGCUUUGGCGUCAGCCGACAGGCAAUACUCUAUCCGAACAAUGAGCCCACCUGGCGGCUGAUUCGAGAGGUCACCUAUCAGCCGUACUUCAUGUUGUACGGCGAGGUCUUUGCCGAUGACAUUGAUCCGCCCUGCGGCGAGGAUCCGCGUCAGCCCGCCUGCGUGACAGGUCAUUGGGUAACGCCCAUAACCAUGUCCAUGUAUCUAUUGAUUGCCAAUAUAUUGCUAAUCAAUCUGCUCAUAGCCGUCUUCAAUAAUAUAUUCAAUGAGGUCAAUUCGGUUUCGCAUCAGGUAUGGAUGUUCCAGAGAUUCACAGUGGUCAUGGAGUAUCAACAGAAGCCGGUCCUGCCGCCACCUUUCAUCGCCUUCUGCCAUUUCUAUUCGCUGCUCAAGUACUGCGUGCGCAAAGCGAAAGGAUUGGAGGUGCAGCGGGACAAUGGUCUCAAGCUGUUCCUCGAAAAGGACGAUCUGGAGCGACUGUACGACUUCGAGGAGGAGUGCGUCGAGGGCUUCUUCCACGAGCAGGAAAUCAUAUUGAAUCAGUCGACCGAUGAGCGCGUCAAGAACACAACGGAGCGCGUCGAGACCAUGGCACAGAAAAUCGAGGACAUCAAUCAAAAGGAGAACAUACAAACGGCUACAGUACAGAACAUUGAAUUCCGUUUGCGCAAAAUGGAGGAAUCAUCGGAGCAGAUAUUGUCGCACCUGGGCGUCAUACAUCGCUUCAUGUCCGCACAUACCACCGGCAAUGAGGAGCUGCUACGCGGCUCCGUGAUGAACAUUCCAGGCGAGAUGCAUCGCAUGCGCACCAUCUCAAUGUCCGACAACGAGGGCAGCGGCGGAGCUGGAGGCGGUGGCGGCGGCAGUGGCGGAGGAGGCGGCGGAAUUGGAGUCGGAGUCGGGGGCUCUGCCGGAAUUGCCGCGUCGUUGGGCCUGGGCGCCGCACUCACUUUAAAUUCACUGCAGGUGAACAAUCGACGUCGCUUCAAUCGCUCGCUGACCGAAGUGCGGCCGGACGCGUACAUCUUGGAUGAGGGCACGCACUUUGAGGUGGUGCCGCUGCCCGAGGAGCCCGACGAGGUGGUCAAGUCCCGGGAGGCCCUCAACGAGCAGAUGGUGCGCAAGGCCUCCAUGCAAUCGGAGGCGGACUCCGAUAUUUAUUUACCCCUGUCGCAGCGGCCGUCCACCUGUGACACGGUCAAGCGGACGCCCUAUGUGACCGUGCGCCAGGAUACGGGCGCCAGCACCGAGAGCAAGGACACCCUCACGCCCAUGGGCAACAACGAUGACGAUCAGACCCUCGUUGGCGGCGACAACUCCGACGAUGCUGCGCCGGACAUGACAUUUGAGGCUGCCAGACAUCGGGCUCUACGCCAGCGCACCGUCUCGCUCUGCCGUCGCAACUCGGAGACGUAUUCCCUGGCUGGCGCUGACAUCAAUCGCUCGCACAUCAGCCUCAAUCAGCUGACAACGCUCUCGCGUCGCCAGAUGAGCCUCACGCACUCCGAGCCGGACAGCGACAAGGACAUGCCUCCAGUGCCACAGACGGGUAAAUCAGUAUUGCAUGCGAAACCCUCCAGAAAUAUAUUGCUGAAACUGCACAGUGAAUAUACAUCCAUAACGGACGAGCUGGAGAGCGUUUGCCAUUUGAUUGCCUCGCCGACCGUCUCGCUGCAGAGCAACAAAGCUUCCCUGGAUCGGCCCAAGACGGAGAUGUCACGCGCAGAGGCAGCUGCGUUGCAGGAGAAGAAGCACCUGAAGGAGUGCGAGGAGAACGAUUACAGGAUAUUGGAGGGCCUCUUUGAGGCACGUGGCUCCAUCGAUGCCAGCGUGCCCUCCUAUGAGAUCGGCGUCUCUGUGGACUAUAGUCAUCGCUAUCCGCUGCGCAGGGAGACGGCCAUAGAGCUGUCGCCCUCGAAGCCCGCGGCCGAGGGCGAUGCCAUUGGCGCUGUGAUUGCUGGCGACAGCAGCGACACGAGCGGUGCGGCGAGCAGCGGCUUCCAGCUGAAGCACGAACGGCCCUGGCAACGCAAUUCGUCCAUGGAACAGCAGAGCUAUCAGUCGCCGCUGGUGCCGACGCGUGCCACCAGCGACUUCCUCAAUCCACCGUACGACAGCAGCGGGCGGCUGUUCAAGAAGUCCAGCGAGAGUCUGCAGAAGAAUUCGAGCACGGACACGGACUACUCGGCGCAUCCGUAUCGGUUCAUCAAGCAGAGCUCCAAUGAGACGAACACCUCUUUGACCGGCUCCUACAACGUGGACACGCCCUCACUGACGGCGGAGCCCAGUUUGGAUGCCGGCGACUCGCAUUCGGCAACGGGCAUUAGCGUGAGCGUUGGCGCUGCUGGCGGCGCUGCGCAGGCGCGUUAUCAACCCAAGCGGACGGCGUCCGUGGGCGCUGCCGAUGGCAGACGUCUAAGGGACGACAGUUCCAGCUCGCUAGAUCUGACGCAGGCAGCGCCAGCAUUGCCAACGCGUCCCAUGCAGUUGAAGAAACAGUUUAGUAUGGACCAGGGCAAGCCACUGUCUGCGCAAACAAGCGCCGAGGCGAGCAGCACAGAGGCUGCGGCUGCGGCAGGUGCUGCAGCAGGUGCUCCGGUUGCUGCCAAACUGAUUUCAACGCUGAAGCCACCCUAUACUAGCAAGCUGGGCAUGAAUGUGCUCAAGGAGAGUAGCUCCAGCACCGAAGAGUCGCGCGACGGCGAGCCCAUCUCGGCAACGACCUCCUCUUCGGCCAAGAGCAGCAACACAAAUCUGGCCAUACCGCAGAUCAGCACGCAUCUGGUGCAGGAUGAGAUAGCAAAGCUCUCCUCCAACAUCAAGAGCAGCACAGAGUCCGAAAAGGAUCCGCCAUAUAACGAAACCAUGUGUUAACUAACUGUAUAUAUAUAUAUACCCAAUAUCUGUCUAUAAGCUCUAGAGCUAAAGUAUUUGUAUCUGUCUGUUAGAGCAACUGAAUCUGUUAGUGAGUGAGUCCUGGAGUAGAUUGAAAACUCCCAACUAGGGUUCGCCAUAUAACGACAAAAUGU